AUGCUUGGACUAAGAUGUAUAUAUGGGUAUUUAAUUAUUUAUUUAUUAUCUAAUCAUUUGAAAAGGUCAGUUUAUUCCUCUGAUCCAAAUGAUACCGGAGAAGGUACUUCUAAUUCUACCCUUUUGGUAGGAAGUGGCUCUCAAGAAGGACCAAUAUCUCAAUCAGCUACUACCGAACCUGAGACUGAGGCUGAACCCUCAACAACUCCAGAGACUACUCCCGGAACUACACCAGCAUCUGAAUCCUCUGAGGAAACAACCCCUAAACCUGCUGAAGGUGAGGAUGAGGAAGAUGAAGAUAAGGUUCCUGAAUUUAAACCCAAUGAAUUUAAACUAUUGACUACAGAUCAAUCUGGGCAAAUUGUAGAGUUGCCUGAAUCUGACUAUAUUCAUGAAUCAGAUCGUGAUGAACAUACAUAUGACCUUAACGAGAAUGUCAAAUGUAAUGAAAUUAAGUAUGAAAACAAGACUGUAUGGAAACUUGAGACAGGUUCCGAAAAAUAUCCCUUGUACUUUACCUAUAAAAUCGAACAGUAUAAAUUCAUUGUUACAUUUGAAGAUAAAUUUGUUGUCUGUACAUUUGAAAACGGUGAAUGGAAGGAAAAAGGACAUAGCUUGGAACAAGGAGAAGCACCUCCUGAAACCAAAGAAAUGACCAAAAUAAAAACCACAGUAUUAGAUCUUAACGAUCUCAAAAAUGAUGAAAAUUAUGAUACUGUAGAGAACGGUAAUGUUCUCACCUUUACCCCUAAAGAUAAUGGUGAAUUUAGUGGAGUUAUAAGGACAACUGGCGAAAAGAAAGUUACCUGGUCUGUUGUUUGGCAAAUCCAAGGUGAAUUUGAACUUGCAAAAAACAUAUCAUUCGAAGAUUUUGGUGGUGGGAGGCAAGUAUUGAUUUUGGAUACUAGAUCAGGAAAAAAAAUGUUAUACAGACCCAAAGAGGGUGAGUUUUGGAAAGAGGUCGCUGAGCAACCUCAAAACGCUUUUGAAACUGUUGGAGCAUUGAUAGUUCAAGGAGAUGUAGGUGUUGAUAUGUUCGAAGUGGAUAUCCUUAAAGAUUACAAGGAUACAAAAAAUUAUGUGUAUCAAGAAUUUGACACUGAAAACCGACCUAAAGAAGAAGAAAUGGCAAAAAUUGAAAAAGAUAGAAAAAGCUGGAAGAAGAAAGAUGAUGAAGAAGAACAAGAACGUAGACCGCCAAGGUAUAAAUAUCAGAACUACGCUGCAAAAGAAGGGAAAGGUAUCUCGAAUAUAAUAGAUCCCGACACUGCUAUAAAGGCUGAUGAUGAUGACGAAGAUGAUGAAGGAUUUGAUGGGUCUAUUUGGAGGCAAGUAAAUCCUAUGCAGUACGCCACCCAUGCCUGCUUUAGGUAUACACCUCAAAGAUGCUUAGCAAUUCUUCUUGAAUCUGCUAAUUUUCUUCUUUAUGAGGAGGAGGAAGAUGAAGAAAAAUUAACAGAAAUAACUUCAAAAGCUAGAAGAGAAUUCUUCAAGUUGGCUUUUUACACCGUAGUAAAACAAUCUAAUAAAUAUCUAAAAUUAAAAACAGAGAAUUACUCUAGAUCUCUUUUAAAUUUGUCAUACAUAUUUACAUUUGAUAAAGAUAUGGAGUGUCACCGAAUUACUCAUGAUGACAUAACAGUGUGGAGACAUGGUGUUGAUCCUAACUUUGGAACACUAAAAUCGAUUUAUUUCCAUCUCCUUGAAUACAAGUUAUCUAUUGAAAAUACUAAUGAUAAAAAGGUGGAUUUAGAUAUAGAACAGGCAAAAAACUCUAAUCUAGAUGGUUCAGAUCCUAUAUUAAAAGCUCUUAAACAAACUCCAUCUGAUGCAGCAAAAAGUGAAGAAUCUACUACUACUGAAGAGUCUACAGAAACCCAAGACGGUACCCAGCCUGAAACUGAAGAACCUACGACUACGGAAGAAACUGAAGAACAACAACCGGCAGAUUUAACUCAACAAGAAUCUACUCCUACUGAAGAACCUACGACUACGGAAGAAACUGAAGAACAACAACCGGCAGAUUUAACUCAACAAGAAUCUACUCCUACUGAAGAACCUACUACUACUGAAGAAACUGAAGAAGAAACUCCCAAAAAAGAGCCUAAAAAACAAUUAACUUUAGUUCAACUUGAUUUAAUACAAACAACUGGUUCUGACAACUUUAAAUAUGUAAAGAAAAAUGAAUUUGCUACAUAUAAGGCUAAACGUGGUUGUUUAUUUAACAAAGUAAUAAGAUCCGCGCCAUCUGCCUUUAGUAAAGAAGAGGUUGUUUGGGAAUCCAACGACUCUAAAAAAUAUGUCAAAAUGGUCAGACUAAAAUUAUCAGAUAACCACAUAGCCUUGUUACUAAAUAACGGUGAAUUUAUUCUAUUUCAUAAAGGUGCUGAGGAUCAAGAUUGGAACAACAUAACCGACCAGAGACAUAAUUUUUCUGGAUUCAAGUUCUUCAAAUUUGAUCAAAAUGACAGUGAAUAUAAAGAACUAGAUUUUAGUAGUUAUACUAUGGGUUUUAAUGAAUUUUCAUACGGUGUAUCUUUCAAUGUCGAGUGCCAUCAAAUUAAACACAACGAUAAACUGAUCUAUAAUUAUGAAUCUGAUGAAGAUUUCGGCCUAUUGAAGGGUGUUUAUCUUGGUCUAUCAUCAAAUAAGUUCUUCCUUACUAACUUAGAAGAAGAUAACAAAAGACUUGAUUUGGAUAACGAAGUUACACCUCCAAAACCAAAACCGACUCCUGAAACUACAGAUGAAGAAACUAGAGAAACAUCUGAUCAAACUACUGAUACUAUCUUAAAGGAAUUACCCGAACAAAAAACAAAGACUGCAAUCCCCUUAGCUGAACUUACCUCACUGAAUAUAAAUGAUACUAAUAAUACUCCCAAGUACCAAUUCUCCGACAAUGGAAUUUACAAAACCUUGACUGCACGUCACGGAAACGGAUUUAACGAUGUUAAAGUCGGCAAGAAAUCGAUCUGGAAAUCCGAUAAUGAUGAUUAUUCAAUUAAAGUUAGAUUAAAAGAAGCCUCCACUGGUGAAAAAUAUCUGCUCUUAUUAUUCAUUAGCAAAAAAUAUCAAUUUUUCUAUUCUGGAAACAAGAAGUCACCCUUUGAAGAUAUUACCGACACUAAGCAUUCCUUUAGUGACAUAAAAUUGUUCUCUAAAAAUGAAACCACAAAUGUCUAUGAACAAUUAGAUCCCAAAUUGUAUAACCUAUCUCUAUAUCAUCUAUCACUUGGAUACAGAGCAAUAGAAGGACAAAAGUUUCAUCUAGUUAAAUUUGGUAAUGAUGUAGUCUAUAAUUAUAAAGACGAUGAAAAUUUUGGUGAUCUGAGAGCAGCCUAUUUGGAUCUUAUAGAAAAUAAUUUGUAUGUUAUGAAUAUGAAUGAUCAGACAAAGGUAGUAAAAGAAUUGUCCAGAUUAAAGACAGCUAUUAUAGACCUUAACAAAUCUGAAAGUACCGACCAAUUUCAAUGUUCCAAAGAUGGUGAUUUUGUUACUUACACUUCAAUAGGUAAUACAUUAUUUGAAAAAUUAAUAAGAUCAUCAAGAUUGGGUUCAGAUGAAAUCAUUUGGAAAGUCAUCGAUAAUAUAUAUGCCAAAAAAAUCCUAGUAGAUGGUCAAGGUAAGAAAGGGAGAGUCACCAAUACAAUUUUACACCUGGAGAGUGGCGAUAUUAAGCAUCUGAAUUAUUCAGAUGGGAAAUGGAUUGAGGUUUCUAAUAAAGUAUCUCUUGACAUUACGAAGACUCAGGGUUCCAAUGAGUUUGAUUAUUUAGAUGAUGGAGAAUUCAAAACUUUCAAUUCUAAAUCCACUUUUCUAUUCAAUAGUUUAGUGGAACCAGAUACAGCUGGAUCAGAGACAGUUAUUUGGAAAACUACAAAUCCUAGUGAAUAUGGAAAUAAGUUAGUAUUAAAGGACUCCGGUAACAAAAAAUAUCUUUCCAUGCUUCGUGUGGACAACAAAUUUAUGCUUUUACACAAGGAUCCUAGUUCUCAGAAUUGGGAAGACAUCACUAAUACUAGGCUUAAUCUUUCUGAUCUUAAGAUGUUCUAUUUCGAUAAUGAUACCACAGGAUAUCUACUAUUAAAAGAUGACCAAUAUUCUGUAUCACUGGAAAAGUUUUUAUACGGAUAUGAAUUCAAUUCUGGAGUUGAAUGCCAUCUGGUUAAAUAUAGAGAUUCUGUUAUCUGGAAUCAUGGUGAUGAUCAGGAACUUGCAUCAUUAAAAUCAGUCUUUUUAAAUUUACUCAACAACAAGAUAACUAUUUUAUCUCUUGAGGGGCAUUCAAAUGAAAUAAAUAUACCUGGCAUAAGUAGACCCUCUGAUAUUGAAGUAGAAUCCAUAGAAGAAUUUGAAGAAGAUGCAGAUUCAACCACAACAGAUUCUACCCAGAUAUCCUCUGGACUAUCAGAACAGAGUGAAUCAUCAACUCCUCCAAUUACUAUUCUACCUGAAAAUUUAAUAGAACUUGAUCUUAAUAAUAUUGAGAGUACUGAUAAUUACGACUAUAUAAACAGAAAUGAUAAUCAUGUAUUUACAGCUAAGAACGAGUUUAGGUUUUCCAAAAUCAAAAAAGGUGAUCAUGAUCUGAAAGAGUGUGUCGAUCCUCAUUAUUAUUGUAAAGUUGUAGCAAAUUAUGGUCAGCAGAACAAAAUUAUCUUAUAUGUAUAUAAAACUGACAAAGACUUUGAUCUGUUACUUCUUGAUGAUCCAGAACCAUCAUCCCACGACAUUACCUCACUUCCAUCACAUACUGUUCAGGCACUACCAGGUUCUGGAGUAGUUUCAGAACAACUUAAGCUUUUAGCUUCAAGUGAAGAUGGUCAAUCCAAGGAGCUAGACCAUAAUAAGUUAAAUGUUGAAAAACUAACACACUUGGUGAAUUACACUUUCGAACCAGAUACGAAAUGUUCAGAAAUUAAAUACAACGAGCAAACUGUAUGGAAAUAUGAUAAAUCCAUCCAUGGAAGGCAUUAUCUCACUAACAUGCUUCUGAACACAACCACUAGUUUUAUUUUGGUAGAGUCUCAAAAUCAUUAUCAAUAUUACUAUACCUAUAUUAAUGAUGAAUGGAGAUGUAUUUCUGGUUACAAAACUCAAGAUUUGCAACCACUUUAUCCCGAUAAAUUGAGAAUAUUCACACUAAAUCACUUCGGUACACCAGUUAUGGAUGAUACCCAAUUUAAUAAAUCUGUAAGUGGUCCCAUCACAUCUUUUGCUCUUAAUCCAGGUUCCAAAUGUGUUCAUGUUAAAUAUGGUGAAGAAGAGGUCUGGUCUUAUAAUUAUAAAGAUCAUGAAAAUAAAUACCCAACCUCAGUUACUGCCAACAUAGAUGAAAAGACUGUCAUGGUAGAUUCUUCAGGAACUUAUCGUUAUCUAUUCUCUUAUUCUGCAGGUCAGUUUAGUUGUGUAUUCGCUUUCAAGUCACGUUUGAUAGAUUCAAUAGAUCCUGAAAAAAUAAAGUUCAUCACCAAAGACACCAGUGGAACUUAUGUUGAGCUUGACAAAUCCAAAUAUGACGUCGAAGAACCAGAUACUGAAUAUAAAUUUACUUCUGAUUCAAGGUGUACCUGUAUUAAGUAUAAUAAUACCGAGGUUUGGAAACAUAAAAGUCAACAUAAAGAUAGGUAUCCAACUUCUGUUUCAUUUAACAAUCGAAACAGAAACUAUCUUGUUGUUGAGUCAUCUAGGAGUUAUCGUAACAUGUUUCAAUUCGAAAAUAGUCAGUUUAAAUCAUUAGGUGUCAAUCAAAAAUUGAACUAUGAUUGUAAUUCCACAGGAGUCUUUGAUCCCUCCAAACUGAAGUUCUUGACUACAGAUCCUUCAGACACCAGUAAACUUGUUGAGCUUACCCUGAACCAAUAUAGUGUAGAAUCUCCAUCAUUUAUUACAUAUAAAUUCAAUUCUGUUCUAUGUAAAGAGAUCGGGUAUGAAAAUCAGUUGGUGUGGAAAUAUGAUGAAAAUGAACAUUCAGAUGAUUUCCCAACCACAGUCUCCAUCAAUUUAAAGAAAAGUUAUGUCAUAGUAGAUUCAUCCCAUUUCUAUAGAUAUGUAUAUUCAUAUUACGACAAGAAGUGGAAAGAGUUACCAUUCGGUUACAAAACAACAAACAUUUCCUUUGAUAGAUUUAAAUUGCUUACCAAUGAUCCCUAUGACCAAAAUAAACUUGUUGAGCUUGACCAUUCCCUAUAUGAAAUGGAAUAUUCACAAGAUGUUCUUGCUAUUAAAUUUAACACCAACGUAAAGUGUACAUGUAUUAUGUAUGGCAAUAAAUAUGUAUGGAGAUAUAAACAAAACGAACAUGAAGGAAAAUAUCCGACUACCACUGUUUUCAACAAAAAGAAAAGUAUCGUCCUUGUCGAUUCAGGGUAUAACUACCGUUACUUAUACAUAUACCAAAAUAAGGAGUGGAAACCGCUACCUUAUGGUUAUACACUAAGGUUCAGUUCUUCUAAAUACCAAUUAUUUGACACUAAAAAGCUCCAGGUUUUCACAUUGGAUAAAAACAAUACACUUGUUCUCAUCCCAAUAAAUGAGUAUGAUAAGGAAGAUACACCGACUCUUGUUAGUUAUGUUUUUAGAUAUUCCAAAAAUUGUCACUGUGUAAAGUAUGACCAAAAGGUUGUAUGGGAAUACAAACAAGAUGAACAUGAAGGAAAAUAUCCUCCAAGAAUUACUCUUAACAAAAAGACAAAUAUUAUGUUGAUUGAAUCUGGAUAUGAUUAUCGUUACAUGUUUCAAUUUGAAAACGGAGAAUGGAAACUCUUACCAUUCAGUUAUAGGUUUAAACCCAAGACUGAUUUAGUUGAUCCAGAAAAGAUUAAACUGUUAACCAAUGAUACCUCUGACCCAAAUAAACUUGUUGAGCUUGACAAUAGUAAAUAUGAUAUCGAAGAACCAGAUGAUUCCAAGAAUAUUUUCCUUAUCAAAUUUAAACCUGAUUCAAAUUGUACCUGUAUUAAGUAUGACGAUAAAGAUGUUUGGAAAUACAACCGCGGUGAACAUGUAUAUAAAUAUCCAACAAAAAUUUCUCUGAAUAAAAACAAGAAAUUUCUUCUUGUUGAAUCUGGAUAUGACUAUCGUUACCUAUUUCACUUCGAAAACGGUGAGUGGAAAUUGUUACCCUUUGGAAACAAGUUCAAGACUACUCAAAGUUAUGCUUUUGAUUUAAGUAAAUUUAAACUUUGUUCAAUAGACCUCAGCAAUAAACCUUUUGAACUCGACUACUCAAAGUAUCUUAGGGUACCAAAUGGAAAUAUACUUACAUACACCCUAAAUCCUGAUGUGAAAUGCACUGAAGUCAGGUAUGAUAACAUUUCAUUAUGGAAUUAUGACGAUGAUGAACAUGAAAAUAACUACCCAACAACCAUCAUUUUUAACAGAAACAACGGAUUUUUAAUUGUUGAGUCCAAGGACCAUUAUGAAUCCUACUUUUCUUAUUAUGAUAAUAAGUGGCACUCAGUAUAUGGUUACAAAGCUUCCAAGAUUACUAAAUAUAAGGAAUUCUAUAAAUUAAAGCUUUAUGAAACUAAUGAAGAUGGUUUGUUAGAGCCUAUCACUGGUUUCCAUGAGGAAAUUAUUGGACCAAUUAUUACCUGUAAUAUAUUCUACGGAGUUAAGUGUACCCAUGUUAAAUAUGACGAAAAGACUGCUUGGGCUUAUGAUUCUGAAAAACACCUGGAUUACUUUCCCACUUCCGUUGUUUUUAAUAUUACCAAUAGUACUAUUAAGGUAGAAUGUGAAGACAAGUAUGUAUACUUUUCCACAUUUAUUAAUGACGAAUGGAAACCUUUCAGUGGUUUCAGAACUCAAAGAACUAAUGCUCGCCCUGAGGUCAAACUAUACCAAAAGGGCAAAUCUGGAAAGUAUGCAUUUAUUGAUCCAUCUAAAUACAAUGUGAACUGGGACGGAGAAAAUGACGUCUAUGAAUAUGACCUGAAUAACCUAAGUUGUGCUUUGCUCAAGCGCUAUGAAAAUACUGUAUGGAGUCAAACAUCAGAUGAACAUCCAAAGUCAAUCACCUACAAUAGUGAUCAGAGCAAGUUUGUCCUAAGGUUUGAUGAUCAAUAUAUUUUCUGUUCAUUUGAAGACAAUGAGUGGAAGAAGUUGUCUCGUAGGUAUGGUACUCAAUCCACUAAAAAGCCAGAACAAGAUACUCAAGCCGAAGACUCUACAGAAGCUGAAGACCCUACUCAACCCGAAACUGAAGAUAAAGAACCUGAACCAGCUAUUCAACCUGAAACUGAACAAGACUCUACUCAAACUGAACAACAGCCCGAAGAAUCUAAAGACUCUACCACUGGGGAGUCAAGUUCUGUUAAUCCAGUAACUUUAAGUGGGUCAACACCUGGUACAUCUGAACAAACUGAAUCAACCAAUGAACAAGACUCUACUCAAACUGAAACUGAACUAACUAAUGAACAAGAACCUUCUCAACCUGAAGAAACUGAAGAGCCCAAACAAGAAUCUAGUCAGCCUAAACAACCUACAGUACCCGAAGAAUCAACUACCUCACCCGAAGAAUCUACAUCUGAUUAA